GACGAUCUACCUAAAUUUACGCGGGAAUUAAAUUUACAGCUGAUGUUAGCGUAGAAUGAUCAGUGUUUCUUUUUGUAAUGAAAAUGUCUCUUAAACCAACUUUAACUGUCAAGUUAGUAUUUCAAGAUGCUUUCCGUGGAAAUGGUAGCAAGGAGCGAACACUGAAACGCCUCAGUAAUAUAUAUUCUAAGCUCAGCUUAGAAGAGUUCCUGCCAGAGUUCACGCUGUGCCUGCGGCUGCUGUUCGUGAGCGGCCAGAAGUGCCCCGAGGUGGACCGCACGCUCGACACGGCCGCGCGGUUCGUGGCCCAGGUCUGCGAGAAGGUGGGCAGAGAGGACGAAGAGCCGGCCGAGGAGGAGGAUAAUACCGACUCUCUCUUCGUCAGGGAAGUCUUCACCUUCAUAGUCACCGCAAGCAAUGCGAAAGACCAGUGGGCCAGGCUGCGAGCCUGCCAGUUCGUGAACAAAGUGCUCAGCAAAAUGACGGAAGACGCCUGCAUCGAUGACGAACUCUGCAAUACCUUGAUGAACCACAUGCUCGAGCGAAUGCAGGAUAAGGUUCCAAUGGUGCGGAUCCAGGCUGUACUAUCCCUGCAGAGACUUCAGUGCCCUCAGGACCCAAACUGUCCUGUUAUUAAACGGUUGUUGUUCCACAUGGAGAACGACCCGAGCAUGGAGGUGCGAAGAGCUGUGCUGCGCAUCAUCGCCAAGUCCAACAUCACGGUGCCGUACGUCAUCCAGCGGACCCGGGACGUGAAGGACGGCGUGCGUCGCCAGGCGUUCGCCAAGGUGGCCACCAUCAAGCUGCGCGCCUUCAGCAUCAAGCAGCGAGUGCAGCUGCUCAGCGACGGGCUCAAGGACAGGUCGGAAACAGUACGAAAUUUUGUGUCGCACCAAUUUUUACCCACCUGGCUCACAUGCAUGGAAGGAAAGUAUCUGGAUUUCCUUCACGCAUUGUACCUGGAAAAUAGUGUUGAUUUGGGAGAAUUGGUUCUGAAGACCCUCUUCCAGCACGAGCACUUGAGGGAUGCCCUCGACACCUUGAAAGCGAUCCAGAAGGACAGACUGGUCCCCGUGGAGGGGCUGACGCUGGAGAGCGCUCUGUUCUGGCGCUGCCUGGCCGAGCACCUACAGGCCGAGGGCCAAGAGGAGACGCUGGAGGAGGUGGUGCCCAACCUGUCCCCUUACGUGGACUUCCUCAAGAGUUACUUUUUGCUACACUAUGGAAACUCUGAAAAAUUGCCUGGUGUCAAGCAUGAAAUGAUUUUGGUACAGCUUCUGAAGAUGACGUCUGUGUUUGACCUUUCAGAUGAGAUGGGAAGGUCUUGUCUGAAGCAGCAGAUUCUGGAUAUGCUGAUGAAGGACAACGUUACCGGCAAUCUAAUAAGCCAGCUGGUGGACACUUUAGUCCGAGUGGUGCCGACGAUCUCCACGAGACUGCAGGACCUGGCCGAGGUGAUCUCGGAGAUCCACCAGCCGCUGGUGCAGGUGACGCACGUGGAGCAGAUGUCAGCAGCCGAGCGUAUUCAGCGGGACGUGGAGCAAGCCAAGUUGCGCAUGAAGCUGAACGAGCUGGAGGAAGAUAAAAGAGAGGCGGUAAGCAAGCAGGACUUCAUCCAGGCACAGAUGCUGAAGGACAAGCUGGACGCAGUCCAGAAUGAGCUGAGGCAGGUGGUAGAUGCAGCAGAGCCAACAGUAACUCAGGAGCAGAGGAGAGAAGAGCGCAACGACCGAGCCACUCUGUCCAAGUGCUUGAUGAUCGUGUAUGAAAUGAUGCAAGCUAAGGAGUUGGACACACUGGCUCCUCAACUGCGAACUUUGUGCUUUGACUUCGUGAUGCCUUGCAUGAAGGUGGAGGACCCGGUGGUGCGACCGCUGGCCAGUAAGGCCCUUGCCACCAUGUGUCUGCUCGACAGGGACUUCGCCAAGGAGCACAUGCUCGUGUUCUACCUCCAGAUCGCCAACAGUGACGACGACGCAGUGUGCGUGAUGGCCAUCAAGAUAAUUUUCGACCUGUUUCUUCAGUACGGCUUGGAGACUUUCGACAUUGAGAUCACGGCAGAUGAUGAUGAUGAUGGUGCUAAGAAGAGGAAGACUCGCAGCAAAAAACUCUACGAUGUGACGUCUGUCAACGACCUCGAUGUGGAUUGUGAUGAUGAGACGACGCAACCGAACUCCCCCAAAGCCUCUUCGUCCAGUUCCAUCAGCCUGUUCUCUAUCAUCACCAACCUUCUGGACUGCACCGAUAAAGAAGUGCGCGAUGCCACCGUCCUAGGGUUGUGCAAGCUCAUGCUGGCCCAGAGAAUCACCUCGUCAGUGCUGAUCAUGCGACUGAUCAUCAUGUGGUUCAACCCAGUUUCAGAGGAUGACAACCAUCUACGCCAGAUGCUCGGGACGUUCUUCACGCAGUUUGUGACGACUUGUGAUUGGAGCAUCACGACUUUAGAAGAGGCGUUCCUGCCAACCCUCCGCACUGUGUACGAGGCUCCAAACUCCAGUCCCUUGUCCAACAUAGAACUUCAGGCUAUAGUUCGCUUUUUUGUCAACCUUACACAGCCGGGUGCAGGGAGAAAUGGUUUUGAGGGCAACGUGCACAACAACCUGGCCAUGUCGCUCUGCAGCGAGGUGCUGAAGGAGCCGGACAGCGACCUCGUGACGGUGCUGCUGUACGCUCUCUCCAUGCUGAAGGUGUCCCUGGACGACGACGUCGUGCGAGACCAGCUCGCGGUCCUGGCCCGCAAGAUCAAGGCGGCGGUCGAUCAGAAAGACGCUCUACGCUACUUGAAGAAGUUCCAACAGCAGCUGGCGGGAGGUUCCUGGGAGACGACGGCGAGCACGGACACGCACGCUUCUGCCGUGGACUCCUUGCGGAGUUCCGCUGCCCUGGACUCCUUGCAGAGCUCCAGCAACACUCUGGAGACCUCGCUCCCCGCUCAGGUGCCUUCAGCGAAAGCGGUGAGUGGAAAACAGGGGGCUCUGUGGAACCCCACAAGUCAGCGGAGCCAUCUGAGCCACGGAAGCACGGAGUCUGAGAGCUCAAACAGCCCGAGGUGGUCUUUGAGGUCAAGGAACAAUACUAUGGUACCUGAAAGCCCAGAUGUGAGCAGUGAAGAUUCAGAGAGUGAAGACACUACAUAGUCUUCAUUAAGCAUGACACCACAUCAUGUGCUUCAUAUAGUUUCAUAAUAUAUACAAUAUUUUUAAAUUUAAACAUUAUUAAAUUAUUGUAGGUGACUCAUUUUACUUUUUUUUCUACUACAUAUAUGCAUGUUGUUAGGAGUCAAUUUUGAUUGUUACAAGUGAGGCCCACUGUAAUUUUAAAAAUAGUUUUUGCAUGUUUGACAAAUUCUAAGUUUGUGAAUUAUCUUAAUAAAUAUUUUUAUAUGCUGAA